AUGCAGGGGGACGUAGUCACCCUGCGCUGGACGUGUCGGGGAGAGGAUGGCGAGGCCUUUGACUCUGCUGUACGAGGAAUGGCUGUGGGCGACAAGACCUCCAUCCAGGUGGAGGGUGCAGAAUGGAACCCCGAGCUCCUGUUCAGAGUGCCUUGGGACCAUCCGGAGAUGGAGCGCCUCAAAGGACGCUACAAGAACAUGGGGGGCGUGAAGGAGGGGCUGGUGGUGGAGUUGAGCAACGGCGGCCGCGCGGUGGUGACGGCGACGACUGGCGACGAUGUGAUCCUCGACGCCAACGCCAUGCUGGCGGGGCAGAGCGUGGCCAUGGACCUUCACCUGACCCACAUCGUGCGACCCACCUGA